AUGUCCACUUCAACAACUGUAAAACGUGCACGGGCGCAAAGUGAUGAAAUUGAUCAAAUGUUCUCAAAACUCGAGCAGAAUGCCGAAACAAGCUUCUUAUUGCAACAACAAAAGAACAAUGAAAUGAAUGAGGCUGUGCAACAAUGGACGACGCUUGAUGGAAAAGAGGAGAAACUGUAUGACGAUUUAACACAUGAAACGGAACUUGAAAAAGGUCUCAGAGAAAAGUAUGAAGAAAUAUCAAAAAAUGUGAAUCAACUGGGGACUGAUGCUGAGUCAGACGAAAAGGAGUUUCGACUAUUGGAGUCUGCAUUCGACACUGAUAUGAGAACGGAAAAGACAUUGGAGCAAUAUUUAACCCGAUUGAUUGACGAUGUUUUUAUCAACCAAAGGCGAUUGGAGGAUAUUCAGAUAGGAACGUCAAGAGGCCGUGCGAAUUUCAGGCAGGCUGAAAAAGCUCUCAGAGAUCAACGGUCAAGAAACAGACGCAUGAGCGCUCAGAUAUCUAGAAAUACGAAUCAGGAUUCAGAACGUGUGUUCGAAGAUAAGAGCAAAGAAGAGGAAGUGCAAAAACUGGAAGCAAUGGAAAAGGCGUGGGACUCAAUGGAAGACAAAAUCCGUCUUAAAGAAUUUGAACUGGCUGAAGAGUCAGAAAAGGUGAACCAAAAGAUCCAACUACUCGGAAGACUACAAUCCGCAGAAACGGCAAACAAGGAAAAACAAAAACAGCUGAGAAUAGCAAAGGACUAUGCUGAUUUACAAUCACAUACCCCGAUGUACGCCGCCUAUUCGGCAUCAAUGAGUUUGAAUCACAAUUUGGUUGAGAGACUGGAGAUUCCGGUCAGUAGAAACAGUGAUGUGAAGGAGCCAAUAACAUACAAAAGUUCGCGAACAAGUGGAACCCCAAAUCAACUCGUUGAGUUUGAAGACGACGUUGACGAAUUUCCGGAGUAUUCGAAAAUGAACGAGAGUAGGAAAAAGAUCUUACGGGAUACAGAACAAGAAGCUCAACGAGUUUUGACCCAUGAGCUGAAAGAACUGGAAGGAAUAGUUAGUGGUCAACGACAAGAAUCACACGCUUUGACCCGAGAUGUCAAAUGGCUAAAAGAGAACAUUCAGCUCCGGAAGACGGAUAUCGAGUUUUAUACUACGAAGGCGCAGGAACUGAUCCAAAAAGCUCGAAAAGAGGAUAAUGACAAACUACAGUCGUCCCAGCAGAAAUCACAAAAUAAUUUUCCGUUGGAUUUGGUGACGUCAAGAGGAGAUGUUCUGGAGUUGCGCGAGAAACGUCUUAUAUUGGAGAAUGAACGGAAUAUGCUCACUAAUCAGAUCAAGGAAAAUGGUUUGGAAUGUGAUCGACUAAACGAGCAGUGGAAGAUUUUGAAAGGAUUUGCUAAAAGUGUGAAUUUUGAUAGCAUAAGACAAUUGGACGUGGAGAUUGAAAAUUGGCAAAUCAAGGUUACUCAAUUGGAAGAGCAGAUCACCAAAUUGCAAAAAAUGAAAGACUAUGCAUCUCUAGCAAAUGGCCAAUUACGUACAAAUCUUGCACUCUUGAAGCCUUACGAUGAAGAAUACCAAGAAUUCGAAAGUUUGUUAGAAGCCAACAAAUUGCUCAACAAUCAAGUGGCUAGACAAGAAUUCAGGAAAAGUGUGGAGGAAUUAAAGCAAAAUGGAGAUAUCGACAUUGUCUUCUGA